UUUUGAAAUAUAAACAUAGUUGCCUAAUAUGUUGCGUACUUGUUUUUGGGCUACUGUAGGUGGUGUGGCAGCCGUAUGAAGCCGAUUUUGAGGACCUUCCGCCAUGGUGCGUUGCAGGGGGGGCUGUGUGGACGGCAACGGUGCCGCUUGUAUGUUUCCACCUAGUAGAGAUACAUACACCAGAUCGUGUCGUUUGUCAAUUUGGGAUGAUCCAAGAAAUUCCCGAAGAUGUUAACACUGACCCCGUGCUUCAUGCCAUUGAUUUGAGGGGGAAGGUGGGCGUUGAUUGGAUGCGGAAACAUGCUCUGCAUUUACUAAAUUGGGGUAACCGCCUUCAAUGGUGUUGUCAAGCAGUGCUUGGUGAUAUGCCUCCACAGCAUGAGUACUUCGACUGGUUCAAAAGAGUGACUCGGAGGUUCAUUGAUGUUCCUGGUGCUACAUUGACUAUACUGAUUGAAGGAUACCUUCGUUUGUUGAGCCGUCACCCGGUGGGCACGGAGGACCACCAGGAUAUUAUAGAUGUACUGACUGCAGUACAGGCGAUUGGCCGUGUACGACCUCGGGACCCUGAGGUCCCGAAUGAGGAGGCAGCUACUCCUGCCGCAGCAGCUACUCAGAGGCCAAGCACUACUAAGAGCCCAAGCACGAGCAUAGCUCCCACUAGACGUCUGCGUGUUCGUACCCCUCGAGUUGUCCCUACCUCUGAUCCCCCUCCACCCACCCCACAUCCAUCCCUUAGCCCCACAAUCCCUUCACCCACCCUACAUCCAUCUCGUAGUCCCACCAUCCCCCCAUUGACUCCACAUCCUUGUGUUGGGCCUGACAUUCGUCCACCCACCUCACGGUCAUUUCCCGAUGUGUCACCCAUUCCAUCCUUUGACUUGGGUAUUCAUCUAACCCCACCUGACAUACACCAUCACCCCACCCCAUGUUCAUGUUGA